ACUUGCUACGUUGCGGUACGUUUGCUACACAAUAAGCGGGAAUUUGAAAUGUUUAUGAAUUUGAAAUUUUAAAAUCUACGUCGAUAAGAAACGACGUAAAAAAAAGAGUUAAAAACGAAAUAAUUUUUACGUGAAGCGGCUUAAAGAAAUCUGUGAAAAAAUAUAAAAAAACAACAACGAUACGAAAACAAAACGUUCAAAGAAAGAGAGAACGAACGCAUUUAUCAAAAUAAAAACAAAAAGUAGUGCGAAAAAAACCCAUUUUUUAAACAAAACAACCGAAUAAAACAAUAAGCCAAGUUAACAGCAGACAAUAAAUAUCAGUUGAAUAUUGUUUGUUGUAGUGGUGAUUUGCUCAAAUUUGGCAUUGUUGUUGUAGAUUUCUUCUCAAGUUGUUUACCGAAUUUUUGUGAAGUUUUUUUUUUCUUAAUUUUUGGCAAUUUUUCUGUGCGGUUUAACUCUGGCUUCUUUUUUGUGUAGCUGUGUUCUGCCAGUUUUAUAUUAAACUUGAUUUUAGAAAAACAACAACACAACACUAAAAUACAUGAUUGAAAUAAUAAUAAAAAAAAAUAUUAUAAAAACAAGCAACAACCAUCAUACAAAAAAAAUAUAAAAGUGCAAACAAAAAAACAAUAUGUUUUUUCUUAAUAAAAAUAUAAAAAUUGUCUAAAACAUGAAAUAAUUUUAAAAAAGUUCCACUGAAUUUACCUUUCUAAAGAAGCUGAAAUAUUUGAAAAUUUGAUUAAGAAGUAUCGAGUUACUUUAUUUAUAUUGUCCUGGAUUAAAUAUAACUAAAGUACUCGAUUUAUUUGAAUUGUUUAAAAGAGAAAAAACCAAUUUAAGAAACAUGAGUGUUUAAGUUUUAAAAAAAAUAAAUAAAAUAUUAAAAAAAAUUGAAAAAAUAUACAUAAAAUUUAUUUGGAAACGGGGUAAAUUAAACAAAAUAAAAAUUAGCAACAUGUUGGAUAAAACUAAUAACAGCUACUGUUCAAUGGAUUACGAUGUACCGGUUACUAGACCUACAAAAAUUAUGAAGAAACUUUAUGCCAAAGCAUUAUAUGAUAAUAUAGCUGACUCACCCGAUGAAUUGGCCUUCAGAAAGGGCGACAUACUUGCUGUCAUUGAACAGGACACUGAUGGUCUGGUCGGUUGGUGGCUGUGCACAUUACGCGGUCGUCAGGGUCUUUGUCCUGGUAAUCGUUUGAGAAUUUUAAAUUCAUACGAUUCGGGUUGUUUCUCACCAUCGCCAGCCUCAUCGCCCUGUCCCUCGUUGGCAGCCAGUACAGCCACUUUAAAUAGUUCAAUUUGUUCGGCGGACAUUUAUGAAAAUACCUCGAUAAUCAGUGGCUCUGGCAGCAGUGCCAAUGGCAGUGGCAGCGGCUACAUAAGCGCCAGUCAAACCAACAUCACAACAACAUCUUCAACUAGCUGCACAACAGUUACAACCUCAAACCUGCAGCAACAGCAACAGACGCAGACACAACGACAGGGUACACGAAGGUCAUGGCAUGUGUCGCCCAACAAGGUCAUUACACCCCAAAGGCAUGGUGAUGUUUAUAUCUACAAUUUACCACAACAAUACCAACAGUCACACUCACAACAACAUCUAUCGGCACCAGCCUGCCAGCAGCAACAACAACAACAACAGCAUCAGCAUCAGCACCAACAAAUCUAUCAAAAUCUUCCAGGCAAAUCAGCAGCCAACACAACAAUAAAUAACGAAUUUGAAACAUACGAUAUACCAAAACCAGCUGUACCCGUCAACUACGAUUCACCACGUAACGUACAACGUAAUAUGGCUCAUCUUCAAGCAACAGCCAUGAAGAAUUGUUCCACACCCAUCCAAGAGGAAAACUAUGAUGUACCACGACCUCUGACAUCAUUGCUGCAACAUCAGCACACUCUAACACCGAGCAGUUCGAAUUCAUCGCUGUUAACCAGUGACAGUUUAUCGUUGUCAUUCUCUUCCUCAAAUCGUUCAUCGUUGGCCAAUAUGCCGGAUUAUGAUAUACCCAGGCGUAAUCCUUUGCCUGUUAGGGCUGUAUUGCAACAGCAACAGCAGCACCAACAACAACAGCAAGUGAGACCUUUGUCCAGAGCUUCCGUUAAUGGUAAUUGUUCAACGUAUGACUUUCCAUUGCCCACAAAUGGUGUGGAUAAAAAUAAUGUUAUGAUGCAUCAAAAUCAGAAUCAGGGUAUUGUUAUCACCAAAGAGUUGCCAUUGGAAUUGACAUCAGCGCUGGAGACGUUGGCCAAGCUGCAGUCAGAGACAACAUGUGCUAUAAUGAGACUUCUUGCAUUUGUUUCACCCGAUUGGCGCAGCCGUGAUAAAUUGGAACCCGUUCUAAUGGAAGUAAAACUAGCAGCGGUACGCUUACGCACCGCAUUACAUGAUCUCGCCGAAUUUGGAGAAGGUGCUCUGGGAAAUGCUUCCAAGUCCGAAGAUCGCGCCCUAGCCCAAAAACUUAAACCCAUCAUCAGAGCCUUGAGAGAUGCCAAUAAAUUAGUGCACGACUCCUGUGAAGUGCUAGAGGCUAAUGGUGGUUGGUCUUUGGAUCAUUUGGCACGCACCGAUGACAAAUCUUUGUGCAAGCCACCCGAUAGUCUAGACCGCCUAAUAGCCUGUGCUCAAACCCUAACUGAAGAUGUACGCUCAACAACCUCUUUCAUACACGGCAAUGCUUCGUUGCUCUUCAAGCGCCAGCUGGCGGAAGUAGCUGAGGAGACGGUAACACCGCAAACACCUUCGGUACCCCAGACACCCACGGGAUUGGAUCGUAAUUCCUCGGAAUGGCUAGAGGACUAUGACUAUGUUUCGUUUGAGUCUAAAGAUGUGGCGGCUCGUAAAAACUCUGUGUUAAGAGAGGCUAUACCCGAAAAUCUUAAAAAUAAAUUCGAUACAGUGCUGAAGGCAGCCGAAAAUACUGUUAUAACCACCGCCAAUAAUGUGCCAAACACACCGAACGGCAAAAAGCCACAAAUGGAAUUGACCGACAAGGACAAAAUGUUGGUGCGCUAUUAUGCCGUACAAAUUUCCACCCACAUGGGCAAUUUGAGACAAGCCAUUGACUCUUUCCUGGAGACAGUGGAGAAAAAUCAACCACCCAAAUUCUUUAUAGCCUAUGGCAAAUUCGUAGUAGUCAGUGCUCAUAAUCUGGUGACCAUAGGAGACAUAGUGCAUCGCAAUGUCUCCAAACAGGAUUUGAAAGAGAAGAUACUGCGUUGCACCAACAACUUGGCGGAAGCUUUAAAAACCUGUGUAUUGAAAUCAAAACAAGCAGCCGCCCAUUUUCCCAGUGUCACGGCCGUUCAAGAAAUGGUCGAUUCUGUGGUCGAUAUCAGUCAUUUAGCGUCCGAUUUGAAAACGGUAAUGUUGCAUGCUGUGCAACUGACCAUUUAGAUUUUAGGGGCCAAGGUUCGCGUAGAGAUACAGAGACUUUAAAAAAGUCUUCCAGCAAUUUAUCAUAAAAAAAAGCAUUUUUGAAAGUUUUUUUUGUUAGAUUUUCGCAACGAACUUUUUACUAGCAUUUACUAGACACGUAAAAAAAACCAAAACGUAUAGGGCGUACUCUCUAGUAGAGGGCCCCUUUAAAGUGUGUGGUAAAAAGAAUACAAAUAUUAAAAUACAAUUUAUAUAUACAUAUAUAGUCUGAAAUCAGCGUAUCGUUCCUUAUAAAAUAAAACAAAAAUACAAGAAAAUUUAUACUAAAAAAAAGUAAAAUACAAUAUUUCUAAAAAAAACGCAAAAGGGUCUCGUUCUUGGAAAAAAAGGAAAAUUUGAAAUAACAAAAUGAGGCCCUUCAACAAAAUAUCAAUAAUUUAAAGUCAAAUCUUAAUUUGUUCAUUUGUAAAUUGUGAUAUUUUUAAGACACUGACACUGUACGACGAAGAAAAUUUAUUUUGUUAUUAAAGGAAAAUGAAAAGCUUAUUAUUGGUCAAGUGUAAAUGCAUUAGUUGAAUAAACUGAACUUAAAGAGCCAACUAGUCAGGGGAGAGAAAGUUGAUGCGAUCGUACUUUUGUUUAUACUAUUUCGUAUUCAAAAUAUUUUCAGUAUUUUAUGUAAGUAAGAACACAAAUUUACAAAUACGUAUAGACUCAUAUAUUGUAUAGAAAAUUUAGUGUUUAACAGUAUUUACUAUAAAAACUUUUUCGUAUAACAGUAUUUUCUAUAGAAAAUCUUGUGAAUAACAGCCAUUUCUAUAGCAAAUCAGGCGUAUAUCGGUAUUUUCUAUAGAAAAUCUAGGCGUAUAUCGGUAUUUUCUAUAGAAAAUCUUCAGUAUAACAGUGCUUUCUAUAGAAAAUCUUGAAUAUAACAGUACUUUCUACAGAAAAUCUUGA